AAUAAAAAUAGGAUUUAACCUAUUAAAACUGAAUUAUUUGUUACAAACUUAACAUCUCACUGCUAGAUAUCAUAACAAAGUCAAGUAACGCUUGAUUUAUAGUAUUUUAUAGGCAAAAAAUGAAAAUACAGGCCAGUAACUGGAUAAAUGGAAACCAGCUGAUUGAAAAAUGCAAUGAUGCUUAGCUAUCUUCCAUUUUUAUGUUAUUUUAUUCUUUUUUUGCUGCUAAAAUCCAGCAUAAGUAACCCUAAUACAAGUUUUUGGCAAUACAUAUAUCCAAUAUAAACUUACUCACCUUAAAACUGAAUACACUGUUUACCACACCACAAAACCUAAUAAUUACACUGUCUGACGCACGUUUCGAUAACUAAGUUAUCGUCUUCAGAAACUGAAGGUAAACCUAAAAAAUUUCAAUGCUUUCAAAUGCAUCGAACAAUUUGUUAUUGGAUAUAUUUUUUAUCAAUUUAACAUUAUUAAUAUUUAUGUCAGGACUAUGACUUGCAGCGUGAUCGGCAAUACUCCAUUUUCCGGACCUUCCAUAUUUUAAAUGAGUUAUGUGCUCUUUGAAUCGGACAAUAACGGAUAUCUUAGUCUGCCCAAUAUACUUUUUAUCACAAUCACCACAGCUAAUUUCAUUUAUACCACUCAUUUCCAAAUUUGGUAUUUUAUCCUUAGGAUUGCCCAAUAAUUGUUUUAAUGUAUUGUUCGAUUUAUAAAACGAUUUUAAACUCACUCUGUUAAAUAUUCCUUCCAAUCCUUUUGUAUAAACAGGAUUAAAAGGUAUCAGGGCAACUUUUUCCUGUUUUUCAUUUCACAUAGAAAUUUCUGGAACCUAUGACGAUUAAUUAACUUAUUCACAAUUCUUUUAUGGUAAGUGGAAAGUGAAUUAAAACCGAUGUACCAGAAAAUGGACGCUGGCCAUCUUAUGUUGGAUACAAUGAAAAGAAUCAGCGGGGAUGUACCUGCACGUAGCGGUGUUUUUUCCUAAAUAUAUCAAAUUCUAGCCUAUUACUAGUUUCUAAGAAUGGCAACUGUCUAUUAUUUUCCAUUUCAAAGGUGAACUUUAUAGAUGGAUAUUUUAAGUUGAGUUCCAAAAUAAAUUGAUGAAUUUAUUUUCGCGGGAGAAGGUUCAUUCGUGGGAAACUUUACUAAAAAAAAGAAGAAAAGUCAAAUUAUUUGGUUUUAGUUUACCAUUAGGUUAUCGAAACGCGCGUCAGACAGUUUAAUUGUGAGUGUUGGUUUAGUGUUGGUGUAAAGAGUGUGUUCAGUAUGAAUAUCACCAACGGUUCUAGAAAUUCCAACUUAAUCUUAAUGUUGAGUCGUUUUACCUAUCCAGAGAGACAGAAACAAUAAAAUUCAAUUAUUAACAUUGAAAUAUAAAAGGCGUAAUAAGUUUAUAUAAGCUAUAUUUUCAAGCUGCCGUGCAAAAUUAAAGUUGCUAAUGAACAUUAAAUUGCAAAAAUAAUUAAAUUGGCAGUUGAGUGUUGAAUGAUCUAUUAGAUAUUUUAGUGAUCUAAUUAAUAAACGUUCCGAUUUGACAUUUUGCCAACUCUUUUAUUAACAGUUUUAUAGGUACCCAUGUAUGAUUGAUUGUAUGAAUGAAUUAAGUCAUAUUUUUCGAAAAAAAUAUCCGUUUGUUUUAUUGAGGGACAUGAUCAUCUCCAAUUGGAUUGGCUGACAGACAGAGAAGAAUCUGCCUGCCUGCUGCCUACCUGGUUCCGAGAAAAAACGUUUCGGCGACCUUCCUCAGGGGGUGAUGCAGGCCACGUUAUGUAGCGGAUCAAAAAUUGAAAAAAGGUACAGCCCCAGUUUCCGUGAUGAACAUCCCAAAGGAAAGAUGGAUAGAAAAAGGAAACGAGAAGAAGUAUACAAAAUGAGGGUUCACCAUACGGGAAAUCCUAAAGAUGUGCUCAAAAGUAUUUCACAAGCGGACAAUACCAAUAAGCAAUAUUUUCUAAUGUUGGAAAACAUAACCUCACAAUACUCUCAUCCUUGCAUAUUGGAUUUGAAAAUGGGUACCAGGCAACACGGAGACGAUGCGUCAGCGGAUAAGAGAAGAAAACAAAUAGCGAAAUGUGCUGCUAGUACUUCAGCAACUUUAGGUGUUAGGUUAUGUGGUAUGCAAGUGUAUGAUACAGAAAGGGAUAUAAAUUAUAAAAGAGACAAAUAUUGGGGACGAGGACUAAAUGAAGAUGGCUUUAAAAAUGCCCUCUGUCGAUUUUUUGACAAUGGUUACGGACUUAGAAAAACUGUGAUUAAAAAAGUUAUUUCAAAAUUACAGAAACUUAGAAGUGUGAUAGAAAAGCAGAGUUGUUACAGGUUUUAUUCUUGCUCUUUGUUAAUAGUGUACGAAGGUAAUAGUGCUAUUUCUAAUGGCUCAAUAACAACCACAGAACCAUUUUAUUCGAAAGUAUUAAAAAGUUGCUGCGACGACGACUGUACACAAGCAUCGGAAGACAAUAGUAGAGAAAUUCAUUACUGUUAUGACGCAGAUACUUCCAAUUCAUCAGUGGACUUCAAUUCGCUCCACGAAGAAGUUUCACAAGAUACUCAUCACAGAGGUUUCGGCGAAGCCGCAGCACGAGGCGCUCACUCGUCAUCGUUUUUUCCAAUAUCUGAGGAAACUGUAUUCUUAAAUUCUUCCCCGCCUUCCAGUAUUACCCCUUCAAGCCCUUUGGAUAGUUGGAUGGUCUAUUCAAACAGUAGCAGCAGUGAAUAUACCUUACCUGAUCAAUCAGAUAGUAGUAGUUCGAACGAAGAAGUAUCAGAUGCUGAACUGCCAUCGAGUAAACGUGAUUGUAAGUUACAGUGCGCAAAUCGAACUGAAGAGGAAGACGAAGAUUUACUACCUGUUCCUAAAAGGAUUUUUGUCGAAGAUUCUUCUUCCAUUUCUGGUUCCGUAAAUGACGUUGACGUUAGGAUAAUAGAUUUUGCACAUACAUCAUUCACAAGAAAUAGUGACGUUGUAGCGAAAACUGUUCAUGAAGGACCUGAUGGGGGUUUUUUAACUGGAUUGGAUAGCCUACAACGAUUACUUUCACAAAUUUUAGAAGUGGAAAAUUGAUGAAAAUUUAUUUUAUAGGUAAACCAGAAGUUUUAAAUAAAUUAUUUUUCCAUUAAGAUGGGCUGCUAUUUUUGAGAUUAUAUUGGAUAAAGUUUUUAGGAGUAUUAAAAAAAACACUUACAUUAUUGUAUUUGGCAUUCAAUCGUUAUAAAGCGGAGUAGUCUUGAUAACAUUUCUAAUAUUUAUUUUAAAUUUGUUAAGAGAAUCUAAUGCGUCAAUAUUUAUUUUUUGGUUACUUAACACCCAACCAUGUGAUUUGAGAUGAUUAAGAACAUUAAACAGUUAUACCCACUCUGCUAUAUUUGAAUUUCGAUAUAAAUAAAUUGAUUGGGGUUCAUUAGUUCUAUAGACUUUUUUCACAAAGCCAUAACAACAAAAUGUAACCUGAGUUGUUUGGAGUUAUUCUUAGAAAUAUUUUAAAAGCAUUUUAAAAAUCAUAUCUUCAUAUUAACUAAUACCAGAAUAAUCUGGCAAAAAUGAAAAAUAACCUAAAAAGUUUUGUAUUCGGGUACAGAAUUUCCUUCAGAUAAUUUGCUUCAACAGUUUUAAAAAUGGCAAAUAUAAAAAUUAUGUUACCGAAAUUCAUUUGCCUUAUUUUUCUUUUCAAGCAGAUAAUAGGGAAAUAUGUUGAUAUUGAUGAAAAGAUGUUUUCACAUGUUUUCAGGGUUUUUAGUUUUAUGUUCUACCGAAGGAAGCUUGUUUCUAUUGUUAGCUCAUUCCAUAAGUAUUUACUCCAUAAAUAUAAAUAUUCAGUAUUAGAAUUACUAGAUGCUCUAGACAGGUCUAGGAAUGGAAAUGACGUUUACGGGCUAGUCGUAUUAUUCUUAUCGCGCGCCUAACUACAGAUUGCGAUAACGGCAACAUUGAAAUGCGGGGUGUGUUAAAUAAAUAAAAGUGUUUUGUCAGACGAUAACGGUUGACGGGGUAUACGUGUUUCGUAGACGGGGUAUAUGGGUUUUGUUAAUAUUGGUAGGGUUGAUAAUGGUCCGGAUGGGACCAACAUCUACUAGAAUUAUUUCUAUAAACUUUAACAGCACUUCUAAAUCUAAAAUCUAAAAUAAGGGAAAUAUUUCACCAUAAAACUCAUUGUAGAACAAAUAUAGCAGGGUGUGGAUAGUAAUAUUUGCUGAUUCAACACAUCUAUUACCCUCAUAAAUACACUAACAAUUAAAAUAUCUGAUGCUUUUAAAAUUUUUGACUCUCUGAAGAUGAUAACUUGGUUACCAAAACACGUGUUGGACAGUGUAAUAGUAUUGAAAUAGGUACCAAUAUCAUUAUCAGAAAUUUAAACAAAAUUAUUUAUCACAUUGAAAAAACUACUUAAGAUAAGCAGAACGUUCAAAUUGCACCCAAUAGAAAGUAAAUAAAUAUUUUUCCAGGAAUAUUUAAUCGAUUGAUAGACAUAUUUAAUAACGUGAGUGUGUUUCUUGAAAUUUUAUUUAAAGUAUCCGAUAAAAAACAGAAAAUAGAGUGCAGGGUAAUUGUAGAAAAAAUAGGUGACUUAAUUGGUAUCAUUUUGAAGGUUUAUAUUCAACUCUGUAUUUAUAAAAUAUGUUUUAACCUAUUUCAGCCACUCGUUUUAAAAUAUACAUAUAAAUAUGCAAAUAGUUAAUUUAUAAUCAAUUAAUAUUAUAAGCAGAUAAAGAAUGGGAAUUCCAACCAACCAUUUUCAAUUUACUGUAGUAUUUUUGAAUAGUUUAUAUUUUAUCGAUGCCAAAUUGCCAAAGAAAUUUCAGGAUUCAUUAAGGGUGUUAAAUCACGUUAAAUCAGUCAGCGCGGAAGAUCACAUACCUUUGAUAUGAUAUUAAAAAAUAAUAAACAUUCAAGAAAUAAUUUGUUGAAUUAAAUAGUUGGCUGCAGCUUACAACUUUCCAUCAGAUAGUAAUAUCGUGAGAUCGAUUAUGAACUAUGUUCACUAUCAUAUGGUCAUAAGUACAUAGUCCCCAGAAUCCAUUUACGUUUAUGUCUUGAUCACAACAAUAAUUUGGUUCAAGAUCAAUUUGAAAAUUCCAGUGUUUCAAAAGCGGAUUCACUGAUAACAUACAGUAUAUUCAAAUUAUUGAUUUAUCUUGAUAAAAGUGAUUUUGUAAUUGAUGUUUUUGGAACAUGAUAAACUAUUGGAAAAUGAUAUAUUUUAAUGUCAGUAGAUAUCUUAUCUUCAAUUUAAUUUUCAUAUGCUGAACAUUGAAAUAUGUAUCCACAUUCUUUAAUAAAUUAUGUUGAAACUAAUUGCAAUCAUAAAUAGUUAGAUUUGUUUCUCAGUUAUCUAGUUAUUGAUUGAAAUAUAGUUUUAUAAAACUUUCACGUACAUGAUAUAAGUUGGUCAAAAAUUAUGUACAUAUAUUUUUAGAGCUUUUUCUACAAAUAUCUACCAAACAGUUUAAAUAUGUAGUUCAUAUAUUUUGAAAUCAUCUACAUAAUUUCAUAUGACUACUGGGUACUUUGGAAGGCAAGUAAGGGCUAUUAUUUCAUAUUUAUAUACUAUUAUCUAUAACAUUUGCAUUAUUAACUAUUUGUGAUGAUAUUACAAAAAAAAUCGGUAAAAUGACAUUAAUAACCAUCAUUAAUCUUUCCAAAACUACCCUGUAUUGAUAUGUAAUAAGGUUGGUGGUGAUAUAAAAUUAAUGAUCCUAAUGUCUUAGAACUAACUCAUUUAAAGGGUUAUAUUUCCCUUAUUAUUCAGUUGUCGAAUAUUUGUACAUAUUCUAAUGCUAAUAACAAAACACGUAUAAUAUUCUAAGGAGAUUUACUCCUUCAAAUUUCAAUAAUCUCAAAGAUCUUUUAAAAUGGUACCAAUGAGAAUAAAAAGGUUUACUCGAAUAUAAAGUGUCGCUGCCAAAAUUUUUUUCCACAAACAUUUUACAUUUCUAAAUUUUAAUCAUAAAUUCUGUAUAUAUUAUUGAAGAAAGAACUGACUGAACCGAGAAUUAGUAAGUUAAUGAAUUAGCAAAGUAUUAAAUUGAGAUGGACAUCAAUCAGUAAAUUUAAUGCCGGAUCUUAUCUACUGCCAACUUUUAACGCAGCAUAUGGCUCAACAAUAAAUCCUGCAACAGUAUGGCUUUUAAAUUUGUUUCAUAAGUGGGUUACACAAUCAGGCAACAAUAGCUGACGAAAUAAUACGGAGUUCGUAGCGGCUUAUAUUGCUUUGAACAAAAAUUUAGUGAGAAAAAGAUUGUGGUUUCCACCUUAUUUCAAUAAGUGCGAAAAUUUAAGUAUCCACUUUCAAUCUUUUUUCUCUCUUUUUUUGCGUAAGUUAUCAAGUUUUUGAAUAUUUUGCAAGCCACACAUUUCUUAUACCAAAUUUUUCAGCGAUAACAGGUCAUCAAUUUUUUCUAACAUUUCUAUUUUCAUAUAUUCCAGUUUCCACACUUCAGGACGUAAAUGUAUCUUAUUAAUAAAAUCAAUAAUUAUCUCACUUCAUCAUCUGAUUUUUUUCGCAAAAACUUUCCAAAACAUUUCAAAUAAUAACCAAAACAAUGUUUUAUUGCGCUGUAAAAUGCAGUAGCUUUUCCAAAAAUUUGAGGUUUUACUUGAUUGCACUAAUGGUUUUGCAUUAAAAUAUGUCAAAUGUUAACCAUAGCACUCAAAAUUGCAUUAAUAUAUACCCUUUGCAUGUGUAUCUUUUGUUAUUUUCAAAAUUUGGCAAUCUCAUCUUCAUUAUAUAUAUAUUCAAAAAACAGACCUUUACGUACCAAUCAAGUUCCCGUUUGCUUCAAAGCUCCGGACAACAUUGUUGCCAAUUCUAUAAAAAAGCUGAAUAUUUUGUAAAACUACAUCGGCGAUACCAAACACGUAUGACUUUAGUGGCAGGUACAUACUAAAAUAUUAACCUCUAUAUCUCAUAGUCUGGCUGUUAUUGUUUGCAAUGUUGCCGGCUAUUCUAUUACAGCUAUAUAUUGCAUUAAAAAUAUCAUCGGCUUAGAAGCACCAUAACAUCGUAUCGGUUUUUAACUGUUUAAAUUUUGUAAUAGAAGUAUGUUUUGUUCAAUAAAAAACAUGAGGGCAAGCCGAAGGGAAGGGGUCGCAACGAAUAGUUUUUAUUAACUAAUAAAUCCUGGGUUCGGCGGUACUGAGCUAAUUUACUUUGUUAAUUUAUGACACUUUAUAUCCAAUAAUUCAAUAAAUGUAUAUGCGAGCAGUUAUUAAUUAUUGUGUUCAGUUUUUAUAUUUGUCUUCUUGUUUGAGUAAAAUGUUUGGGAAAAAAAGUAAGUCAUUUUAUUUUAUUGGGCAAAUGCAAAUAUACAAUAGCCCAUAUAGUAAAAUGACAAUAUUAAAUAGUAAAUAUCUUAGUGUGAAUACAAUCAAAGUAUUAUUUUUUGCAUUCUAAUAGAUGGAAGGUUCCACUUUUCAUCAGGUGCUUACAAAACUUGAAUUUUAAAAUAGAUUUCAUUUUUAGAAUUUGUUUUUUUUCCAAAAAAAUUUUCAUUAAUGUUAAGAUAAAAGCAGGCAGAAGUUUUUUAUCUAGAUGUAUAGGUGGUAUUGUGACUUUGGUUAUUUCUUCUAUUUAUGUUAGAAAGGAUCCUUUAAUGUUUGAAUCUGUGAUUUUUAAAUAGUUCGUAUUAAUAUGAAAGACGGAUGAAUGUAAUUUCUAGACAUUCCGAAUUUUUUAUCAUAAAACUUAUCUUUGACGUCGGAAGUGAAUUUACAAGAAAAGAACUUAAAUUAUUUUAUUUCAUGACAAUCAAUGAGAUUAAAUAUUAUUAGAAUAUUAAAAAAAAUUGCCAUAUUUUGACAUAGACCGAAAUAGGUCAAACAUCAGUUUUUACCUAUUAUUCUAAACUUAUUUUCUAUAUCAAACAAGAUUUAAAAUCAAGACGAUUCAUCCAGAGAAAAAUAAAAAGGUCUAAUAACAGAGCUUAGUACCAAAUAAUAGAACUGAAAAUUGGAAAAUGUUCUCCUCUCAACUAUCUAUUAGUAGAUAGCUUCACAAUAAUACUCCAAUUAAAAAUCAGAGAAAAAACUCAAUUUAAACGAGAAUGUGUUGUUGUUAUUACAUAAAAUUCAUUAAUUUAUUAUUUUAGCCCAUUGUUCACCUGUUUUGUGAAUAUUGUUGGAAUAUGUACUAAAACUUUAUAAAGAAGCAUAGUUAGACACUAUUUGUCAUUUAGAUAUGUUAUAUAAGAAUAAAACUUUACGACUUUGAUUGGUCGAAGCAAUAUUAUGCAACCCAACGAAGUUUGUAAAAAAUUUUGUCACACCGGUUUUUCCCCCAAUAGUAGUCUGAAAAAUUUUCAUCCUUUAUAAUAAAUAAGCUCUUCAUGUGUUCAUUUUUAUAUGUUGACUCAAUUACACAUUCUAUUUGUAAAAUGCAUUCAAACACUAAAAUUUGAUUUUAAUAGGUUUUGGAAAUUGUCAAUGAUAUUAGUAACUAAAUUAACUAGCUAAAACAUUGAAUAAGCAAAGGAAACAGUUUUUUCUUAAAUUUAUUAUGAUUAUAGAUAGUUCUAUUUUAAUAAAUGAUUUACUUAAUAUGAUAAUAAUUUAAUAGAAAAUAUGCUAAUUUUGGCCAUUAUUAAAAUAUAAUCUGACGUGCAAAAUUAUGGAAAUUAUAUGAAUAUCAAACUAGAAUCUGUUUCAACCAUACAAAGAUCUCUAUUCAUCAUAUUUCAAAUUUAAUAAUAGAAAGUCCUUGUAUGAUUAAAACAGAUGGUAUUUUGAUAUACAUAUGGUAAUUCCAUAUACUUAUCAGAGUGCGGUUAUAUUCUGAUAAUGACUGAAAUUAUGCCCAAAAGGGGGAAACAUAUUUUAUUAAAAUAUUCAUUUUUUAUAUGUAAUCGAGAUUAUUUAUUCAUAAGAAGAUACCUAUUAGAAAAGACCUACGUAUUAAAAUAUCUGCAUUUAUGUUCAUGAAAUUUGAAUGAAAAAAAAAAAUAAAAUAAUUCCACUUGGCAACUUGAGAAAAUAACUGAAAAAAAAUAAUGUAAGAACUCACAAAUUUAAAAAAACACGUUACGAGUCAUUCCAAUAUUAAUUAUUUAAUCCAAUUAGAUGAUGUUUAGGAAUAUCAUUGAUUUCUGUUUUUCAAAAUACUUGUAUAUAAUUAUUGGGACUUAAGGCUUGAUCUCCUUCCUAAUAAACAUAAUAUGGUUUGUUGUUAAAUUGGAUGAAUGUUUAUUACUUUAAGAAAUAUUUAUGUUUUUGUAAUUGUUUUCAAUAAAAUUAAAUCACAUAGAAUUGAGUUCCUUUCUACCUGUACUUAAUAAUAAAAAUAUUUAAAUAAUUAUAACGUAUUUCAUUUCAUAUCCCCCUUUCAGUGUGGUGUUAUUUUGUGAUGUCUAUUGAG